CCUGGGCACCGCCCCCCUGGGGCUUCCUGCCCUCUGAGUCUGAGAGAUGCCUACACUUCCCUGUGUGCUGGGAACACAGACUGCUGCACUCACAGCCAAAGGGAAAGCAAUAGGUCAGGGGCUUCUGGGGGCCAGCGUCAGAGCCUGUCGCCACUUCUGCAGGAAAGGUCAGCAUGGGAGGACGGAAGUUGGCGAGAGAUGAAGAAAGUACCUAUGGUUCCGAAGACGCCACGCAGGGCCUGCAGGAGCCCAGGCUGCGGCUCAUCCUGGUGGGGAGGACAGGAGCCGGGAAGAGCGCCACCGGGAACAGCAUCCUGGGCCAGAGGCGCUUCCUCUCCAGGCUCGGAGCCACCUCGGUGACCAGAACCUGCGAGGUGGGGAGCUGCAGGUGGGGCCGGUGGCACGUGGAAGUCAUGGACACCCCGGACCUUUUCAGCUCCCAGGUCCCCAACACAGACCCGGGCUUCGAGGAGCGCAGCCGCUGCUACCUGCUGUCGGCGCCGGGGCCGCACGUGCUGCUGCUGGUGACCCAGCUGGGCCGCUUCACGGCGCAGGACCUGCAGGCGGUGAGCGCGCUCAAGGAGCUGUUCGACGACGCGGUGCUGGCGCGCACCGUCGUGCUCUUCACGCGCAAGGAGGACCUGGCGGGGGCCUCGCUGCAGGACUUCGUGCGCGACACCGACAACCGCGCGCUGCGGGCGCUCGUGGCCGAGUGCGGGGGCCGCGUGUGCGCCUUCAACAACCGCGCGGAGGGCUGGGCGCUGGAGGCCCAGGUGCGGGAGCUGCGGGAGCUGGUGGAGCCCCUGGUGCGGUACCACCAGGGCGCCCCCUACUGCAACGACGUGUACCGCCUGGCGCAGGAGCUGGCUGCGGCGAGCCCGGAGGAGCGGCAGCGCCGGGUGGCCGAGAGCCUGGCGUGCCGCGCGCGGGCCCGGGCGCGGCGUGGGCUGCUUUCCCGGCUGCGCGCGUGGGUGGCGGCGAGGAGGUGGCGCGUGUCCGCGCUGCUGGGCGCAAUGGUCCUGCUCUACCUGGUGCUCUCCAGGCUCUGGCCUGAGGCCAUUGAUGAGUUAGGUCCUGAGUGACAGCCAAGGGGACUUUGACCCAUCGAUGUAUAAGCGCAUUCAUCCCUGGUGUGUGAGCUUCCUUGGCCCGCGGGCUCUCCUUGCCUCUCUCACCUGGACAUAACCUAACAAGGACAGAGUGCUGAGAGAUCCCACCUCUCCCCAACACGUUGCCCUGUGACCUGGCCCUCCCUGAGUUCUCCCCUUACUGAAGCCAAACAACUGUUGUUGCUUCUGCCCGUUUCCCCCUGACCUCAGGCCGCCCUUCCCUGUCAUUGAAUUGUCUUGUCUCCUAAGAGCAGAUGAGCAUUUGUCCUCUCACCCCUGGUUUCCCCACGGGACCAAGGGAGAAAGCCAACACAGAGCCUCAGUCCAUACCCUUUUGUUUGAAUUAAAUGAAUAAAUGCACGGGGCAAUCACACUGUUAAAGGAAAUCACUAUUUGUAGAUGUUUGUUCAUCUGCCUUAUAUGCCCAUUGAACAGAGCCUGUCAUUCCUAACUCCAUCUGCAAAAACCACACACCCAAAUACAGACAGACACACACAUACACACCUGGGGGGUGGAGGGUGUUCAUCAGAAGAUAGCACUCUGAAGAACAGUCCACCUGUCCCAGCAGGAGACAUCUCCCCCUGCGUCCCCAUUCAGACCCCUCCAGCAGCCUGCUGCUCC